UUUAUCAUGCCUCUUUCAGUUGAAGAAUGUGCUAGGAUCAUGGCUUUUGUGGAACUAGGCAUCAGUAUGCGUCGCACUGCAAGAAUGGUGGGUGUGACGGUACGAACGGUCCAGAAGGUAAAGCGAAGGUACGAAGAGACUGGACACCAUCUGAGGAGACAUUGUAAUGGCAGGCCCAGGUGUACCAGUGCCCGAGAAGAUCGUUAUAUUAUCUCCACUGUGUUAAGAAAUCGCCACCAAAAUGCAGUUGAAGUCCAGCAACAGCUACUUCAGACCCGGAGGGGCUACAUUAGUGACAGUACAGUGAGAAGAAGACUUGCUGAAACAAAUUUGAAACCCCGAAGACCAGCGAGUGGCCCAAAACUCGAGAGACAGCAUCGAGUAGCGAGACUGCGAUACGCCCGUGAAUACAUGCAGUGGGAUGAAGAAGAAUGGUCAAGAAUUUAGUUUGCAGAUGAGUCUCGAUUCUCCCUUUACACUUCUGAUGGAAGGCGAAGUGUUUACAGGCGCCCUGGUGCCAGACAUUCGGACAUGCAGAACGGAACUGCAACCGGGCCGCCCGCUGCGUCAAGUGCACGGGAGCCCACCUCACAGCGGAGUGCGACCGGAAGGAGGAGGCUCCAGUCCGGUGCUGCAACUGCGGCGGAGAGCACGCGGCCUCGUACCGCCAGUGCCCCCAACGCCGCAUCUACCUUGCGGCCGUCAAGGAGCGCCAGGAGCGCUUCGAGACCCGCCAAGGCGCACCACCGCAGCCCCGCCUGUUCAAAUCGAACAUGGUGAACGGCCGCGGGUGGAACUCAGUAAUGACAGGGACCGCCCCGUCACCGUCAGGCCUUCAGCCACAGGGCCUUCAGCCACAGGGCCUUCAGCCACCCACAACGCGGUCCACUGCCGGACCGCCUCCCCUCACGGGCACCCAGUCCGGAAGACAAAUCUUGCCAGGCCUUAGGCCCACUGGCCCUAUGCCAGGUGGCUUUAAAAGAGUCGAGACGAACUCAGCCCCCUUUAAAACAACCGAAGAGCCAGACUCUGAGGAAAUGUCAACCCACGAAAUUAUAAAACUAAUUAAAAUCGUAGGUCAGCUGAAGCCUCUGCUCCACCGCAGCAUGAGCUACGAGGAGCAAAUCAUCACAGUGUUUGAGUUCCUGAGCAUCCAUGGAUGAAGAGAUCCCCCGACUGGCACUGCUCGUCCUCUACGAGUAGCGUCGCUUAACAUAAACGGUCAGGGUUAGUGUUGAUAGCACUGAACCAUGUAGUCCUAAACCUGGAACUUCAAGAUAUGAACAACAGUCCAGGUAUAGCAGCAUUGAAAGUGGGAACAACAGUGAUGAAGAGUAAUCAUUGGAC